AUAGGCAGUGCUGUCCACCAGUGUGUUUGCAGGCAGCCGGCGUACCAGCCAGAGAGUAAGGGAAAAGUGUGUUUUGUGUGUGCCUGUGUGUGUCAGUACUUGUGUGCGCGUGUGUGCGUGUGUCCGUUUGUAUUGGCAGUUGCAGUCUAUUGGCGUAGGAAGAUCCAGCCAGCCAGUGCAGUGUUUCUAAACAGGAGGACACCACCGGCUUUUCUCUCCGUCUCUCUCUCUGUCUCUCUCUCAGUCGCUCUCUCUUUCUCGGGACUGUUGCCUUUGGACUUCCCUGUGGACUAUCCCCGCGCGGUAGAAGGUGCACCUGCUCUGGUGCUGUGUUUAGCGUGUGAGCGUGUGUGGCCGUAGGCGGCGGGACACUGCCUCUCGUGUACGGGGCGGUUGGAUGAGUUCAGCUGACGAAGGCUUCGUUGCUGGAGCGUGGGGGCAGGGGAGCCAUGGAGCCCCCCACCUACUAACACACGGGUGCGGUGAGGAGUCGCGGGCGCGUCCCAUCAUCAUGUGCUCGCGGGCCAGUGCUGACGCCGCCACAGAGGGUCGGCUCUGCUCCCGGGACGAGGAGGAGCUGGAGGAGGAGAGGGAGUCGGACAGGGACAGCGCGGUGGGGAGCACCCAGGGGUCAGACAGCUCCGAGGGGCCGGCCCGGCCGGGGGACAAGGGGGACUCCCUGGGGGAGCUCUUCAUCCCCACGCACAAGCGAGGUAACACCAGCACUUCAGUGACCUCUGACCUGUCGACCCGGUCCUCUGCCUCUCUGUACGAGGAGCAGUUUGAGGACUACGGCGUGGGGGAAGAGCCAGACUACACUCCCAGCAGCCCCAGCGCUGAAGACGAGAGCCGCACCCACAUCUGCUCCGACCCGGGAUCCUCUGUCCCUUCCAGUGCGGGCCAAACUCCUCGCAAGGUGCGUCACCUGUGCCCGGGAGACCAGAUGGACGUCUACUGCUCCCAGUGCUGCAAGAAGGUCAACCUGCUGAACGACCUGGACGCAAGGCUGAAGAACCUAAAAUCCAACAGCCCCAAUCGGAAAAUCUCCAGCACUGCCUUUGGAAGGCAGCUGCUCCAACACAGCAACUUGAGCAGUAGCCACGGCAGCACAGAAGACUUGUUCAGGGAUAGCAUUGACUCCUGUGAUUUGGACAUCAAUGAGAAGGUGGGUUUCCUUGAGAAGAAGGUGGCAGAGCUGGAGAAUGACAGUCUGCUGAGCGGCGAUCUCAAGUCCAAACUCAAACAGGAGAACACACAGCUGGUACACAGGGUGAACGAGCUAGAGGAGCAGCUGAAGGACCAGGAGGCGCAGGCAGAGCUCAACAUGGAGGAGGAGGGGAGGCGCCACCGGGAGGCCUUCAGCAAGAUGGAGAGGGACACGAACACACACAUAGAGCUGCUGAAUAACCGAGUCCAGCAGCUGGAGGAGGAGAACAGCCACAUGUCCAGUGGCAUGUGUCGGCUCAAGAGCCAGACGGAGAAACUGGACGAGGAGAAGCAGCGGAUGACAGACAAGCUGGAGGACACCAGCCUGCGUCUGAAGGAUGAGAUGGACCUGUACAGGAAGAUGAUGGACAAGCUGAGGCAGAACAGACACCAGUUCCAGAAGGAGAAGGAGGCCAUGCAGGAGCUGAUCGAGGACCUGCGGCGGGAGCUGGAGCACCUGCAGCUGUACCAGCUGGAGACGGAGAGGCCCGGCGGGCGUGGCUCCGCCUCCGGCCUGGUCGACUUCACCAGCCGGACCCGCGAGGUGGAGCUGGAGCACGAGGUCAAGAGGCUGAAGCAGGGCUUUCUCAACACUGAAUUCCAGCAUCUGACUUUGGCCAGGGCUUGGCUCCUCACUGGCCCGAUGGAGAACCAGAGGCUGAGGGAGCAGAGUGAGGAGUUAAACGGACAGCUCCUCAGUCUGAGUCUCUUUGAGGCCAAGAGUCUGUUUGCAUCACAGAGCAAGGCCCAGUCCCUCGCUGCUGAGAUCGACAACGCAUCCAGAGACCAGCUCAUAAAGGCCAUAAAGGAACAGGAGGACAUCAACUUCCGUCUGCGGCAGUACAUGGACAAGAUCAUUCUGUCCAUCCUGGACCACAACCCCUCCAUCUUGGAGAUCAAGAAGUAGCAGCCUCUCACCUGGGCUGAGGAAUCACCUGGUGACGGGUUGCUAGGAUACUCGUCAUUCCACUUGUAGAAUGAACAGACACGGCAAUCCCUUGGGAGCUCUCUGUAGGGAUUUUAAGGAACUGGAGUUUUUCCCAGUGAACUGUAGAAGAGAAAAGAUUGAAAUAGACACGUGUCGCCCUCUGCUGUUGAAGGUGGGAAAAGAAGAAAAUGCCUGUGUGUUUUAUACUGGUAUUUCGGAAAAGGUAUUGACAAGGGGGAUUUCUCCACUUAGCAAUAGGAGCGGGCCAGUUUCAUACGCUGACAAACUGUCUUAAUACUGUGACUCAUCAAUACUUGCACCUGCUAUUUCUAUUUCUAUCAAAAUCAUUCUCUGCAGUUGGCAAUAACCUAUUAGCCUAGAUCUCAUAACAUAAUACUGGAUAAUUUUGUUCUGUGAAAUAUCCUUAUCUCGAAACACGAGGGCUGGCUUGACAGCUGGAACAACCUAACAAACAUGUUUUAUGAGGAACAUAGAAGGCAGUGAGUUAUCGACGAAUGAAAGACCAUCACAUUGAGAUAGCCGAUCAGUUAGGAGGUAGCGUGACCCCCUAGCUGACCUCCCACAUGUGACCUUCAGGUGAUCUCCGGAGGACAGACUAGGUAGGUUGAUCAAGGAUGCCGAUAGGUACGUGAUUUAUAGAAGGAAAUAAAAAAUAUUGAGAAAGGAGAUGAAACCAAUGGGAUGGGGUGAGUUCAGAGAAAUGCACAAGAAAAAUCAGGGUGGAGGUAGAUGGAUUAGUGUCUUAAAGUCUUGCUUUGUUUUUGUUUUCCUGUUGUUUUUUGAGUGUCUUCCAGAAGCUUCUAUAGGCUCUUGCGCUAUCAAUCAACUGAAAGGGUGAAUUGAGUUUUGGCUAAGACCUCAGGGUUCUUAGCUUAGAACUUACUGUUCUUAACUAAGAACCUGGUGUUCUUAGCUUAGAACUUACUGUUCUUAACUAAGAACCUUAGCUUAGAACUUAGUGUUCUUUGCUAAAAACUUGGUGUUAGCCAACCGGAAAUGUGGGUAAACAGACACACAAACAGUCACUUUAAGAAGGGGAGAUGCACCACAGAAGGCGUCUUGGCACUGUUGGGGGGAAGUGGUGGUCACAUUGUAUGCUGUAAAGCAAGCGAGUCACAAAACACGUGUGCAGGGGGUGUUUUGACAUGAAUGUAAUGGGAGUUAAUGAUCUUAAAUUCCACAGAUUUCAGUGAUUUAGUCCUCUUGAUAUUGAGGCUUCUCAGUAGCCAGGGUAACGUUGGUCAAGCAAUUGAUAGCAACAUACUUGAUUAAAUGUGAUGUGUUAAUAUAGAAUACGGUACUAUAAGGAUAAUGUGUGUAUUGGUCGUUUUUUAGGGUGAAAGACUGGAAUUACCAACACUACUGUAGGCUACACUGGAAGGAUAUAGUAGUGUUUACCAUGGGGUUUCAUAAUACUGUCAAUACCAUGAAUGUAAUCACCUGAUAUUUCACCUUCUGGGGUCAUUUAACAAGAUUUCACAUUUCUGCUUUAGUAUAAGGAUACAGUAUUGUAUAGAGAGAUUAGAGUAUUAGAGCGCAUUGUUAAAAAAAAAAAGAGGGAAAACUACUGUAUUAAUUGUUUUGCUUACUUGCACAAAAAAGCAGUUUGUGUUCUUUUGCAUGGUUCGCCCCUUUUUCUGUCUGUGCCUUUGGAAGACACAUUUCAACAAAAUGUUGCUAUUGCAUAACAUGUGUUUUAAGUCUGCACCUGACUUAUUUCAUGACUUGUAAAUGUUGUACAUAAGUAGUGAAGAUUUGUAUUAACGUGCCACUCACUUCCCUUUCUUAGAUGACGAUAUGAAACCUAUUUUAUACUGUUUGGUCAAGGAAGAGUUUGUGAUAUCCUAUUGCUAGUUAAAAGAGCCGUAUGGCGAAUGCUUUGUGAGGCAAAGCUGAUUUAGCAGUUUGGGAAAAUGUAACAAAUGAUUUGGGACUGCAGUGUAAUUUUUGUUAAUUUUUUUUUUUUUUACUUUGUAAUAGUUGCAAUUCAGGCGACUUUCACUUGAAUAUUCUUUGAUAUGGUCAGCAACUGUCUUCCUAACUUAAAUAAAGAAUAAAGAGCAAUAUAACUUAUUUAUCAUUCAGCCGGCUCCUGUCCUUUCUGGAGCUACAGCAGUGACAUCUGGCCUUGAGUCAUAUGUUGGUUUAUCAUUGCUUAAUAACAGAGGCGGGAAGAUCGGGAGUUUUCCCGGUGGGCCGGUCACUCCGCCCCUGCUUUAAGCGUUCAUCGUUGUAUUCUGUGCUUUAUCAAUGUGUUUUUUAUUACUUUUUUAACAUUAAUUUAGAUUUAACAAUUAUUUGUAUUGAUCACUAACGUAAACAUCAAAUAUUUCUUAUCAGGUGACCCUGUCUACUGCUAACUUAAAACUGGAAAUACAUUAUCACUUAUCGAUUGUGUUUUAUAUCUGAAUUCCGGUUGGGAAUUGGCUCUUACAUUGUUUGAGGUUGGCGCCGCCUAGUGGAACUAUUCUGCCCUUCCGCAAAGAUUCAGAGAUCACACGGAAGGUAGGCAGAAGCUUCUAUCUUUUUUUGAUUUUGAGUUAGCGUUUUAAAUUAAUCUGGAGUUGAAGUUAAACGCUAUCAAUCCGUUUCCUUUACAUACGUAUAUGUUGCGAGACAACACUUAAACCCGGGAAAACAGUGUCAUUUGCUAAUCAAUAACAUUAUGUUUAGCUGAGCUUGUUCGGGCUCAGGGGUGGAGGGGAUGUGUGAUGCUACUACUGCUUUGUGUGGGGUGCGUGUAACUGACCUUUAAGACAAUGACUGCCUUUCAUAAAAUGAUACAUUAUAUUUGUUCAUGAUUGUCUUCCAUUAACACUCGUUAGUUGUAACAACAUUAGCGUUAUCCACUACCAUAAAGCUAUUAGAUGAUCUAACGUUGAACUAGCAUCCAUUUCCAAGCAGUCUAACGUCCUUCCCUCUCUUACCGUUUAGUAUAAACUGCUUGAUUAACUAAAACCAAAACAAACGUAGCUAUCAAACAACAUGGUUGCUUUUAAAUGUACGUCUUUCCAUGUCUCUGUAUAUGAAAAUACUUCUCUUACUAUUGCAAUGUGUCACACAUGAGACUAACAUUCUUUCCUUACAAUGUCACUGCCACUGAAAGUGUCCCCGACAGUGUCCCUCAGAGCAGAAGGAUGACCCAGAGUUUCUACAAUGCCUCUGGUUUUGUCAACGGGACUUGCCACGUCCCAGCUGUUGACUCUGAGUAUGCAUUGAACAGUAGCAGUUCGGCAAGUACAAUAGUUGUCCAGUCCAACAAGAAGACAGUGGUAGAGAAUGGCUAUUCUUCAUCAGCACGACCAAAGAGCAGAAGACGGCGAAAAGGCCUUGGAUCCAAGAAAAGGAGCCGACUUUGGCCCCCACCCGUGGAUACGGCCAUCUGGCCGACGCACCCCGCAGAGGACGAGGACUGGGAGAAAGACAUCCAGGAGGUUGUGCUGGUAGACUGGGAGAAGAGGACUUUUGGACUACAGCCAUACGGUCCGGAGGACCUGUUAAGUUUUGCUCUGCGUGAUGUAUCACUGCACCCCACGGCCCCCCCCAUAACGGCGGGGUACACCCCAGCGGGGAGCCACCCCCCGCCUAUUUUGUGGAAGUGCUACUCGGGUCCCCUGGAGGAGGGACAGUUCUCAGACGUGGAUGAAUAAGGAAAGAUAGACCAGAUGCACUGUUUACAACCUGCCUUUGAUUGAGCAUGUGCCAAGCUGCUAUAGUUGUAUUUAUAUACGUUCAGUCAGAGUUACCACAGUUAUCUUCAGAUUUUAUGUAUUUUUAAUUUUGGCUAUUUGAUUUUCAGUUUUUGAAAACUACAUUUCGGCCGGUGGCUUGUUCAUUGUUAAUUUUUCCAUUUGGUUAUUUGGUGUUUUUAAUUUUGGUCCAGCACAGAAGGAAAUGUGUUGCUAAUUCCCUUGAGCAAUUUUGUCUUAAGGAGUGUUCAAACCAGUUUUGUUACAUUACAGUGGUAAUUUAGAAUGUUUUCUUGAAAGACAUAAGUUAUGUUUGGGGAGUUAAUUAUGUCACAGCAUUUACAGUCAAAAUUAAAACUUUUGUUAGAGAAUAUAUUUAAGAAUGAGUACGUUAUUGGAACCCUCAAAUUAUAUUUUGUUUUUGCACCAACAAGGCAUAUAUUCAUAUUAAAAGUGAUUGUUGCGCCAUAA